UUUAAUUAUCGUCGUGCCGUGCUAUUUUUUUUCUUUCCUUUCCCUUUUCGUGAUUUGAUAUUUGCAAAAAUUCUGACGCCAGCUGCGCAACUGGCUUCAACUACAAUACACCAUUCCCCCUCGACGAUUCGCAUAAAAUUUGCUAGGAAACAGAAACAGAAACAGCGGAAAGAAUAACAAGAAUAUAAAUAUAAAAAUAUUUUAUACAAAAUCACAGGAAAAGAAGAGUGGAAUAAUAAAGAGGAAUGUUAAAGCUUUUGCUGCUGGUAAAGUUAUUGCUGAAGACGUGUGAAGAGAAAAACGUCUGAAAGAGACUACUUUUUCUUUCGCAACUAUACAACUAUACUCGUAACACAUGCAAGCCCCCCUUAUGUCGCAUUAUCAUGUUGUGCUGCUAGUGCCUUCAGUUUUUUAUUGACUUUUAAGUUCUUAUGCUUUUACCGUGAAAUUUUUGCAAAAACUUUAUUUCUUUUUGAUUUUUAUUCGCGUCGUGCAGAUUGUGCAGAGCAAUCUAGCAGAGCACUUUUGCUUUCAACUGGUUUUUGCUUUUUGUUUGUUAUGCUCUGUGUCCGCUCCAGUUCAGCAUUCUGCGCAACGGGCUGUUUUAACAUCUCCACUAGUUUUUUAGUUUAAUCAUUGCAAGCAAUAUCUAUAUAAACAAUGGAUGAUUUUAAUGUACCCAUCAUGACAAAUAAUGGUUUUAAUACCAAUAGCAACUCUCAUUCUCAUCAUCACAAGGACCACAUGUUAGGUGGCAGAAGUACUCUAAGCACUCCAUUUAUGUACGACGUAACAAAUAGAAUAGAAAUCUCAACACCAAAGAGUGACUAUGCUGCAUUCGCAAAUUGUAUACAACAAUCGGCAUUACUAGAUCAUCGUGCUGUAGAUAGUAAUAUAGACGGUGUGUCUUUAAGCGGGCUUUGUGAUUUGAAAUUUGGCAGUAGUUCUUUGACAACAGAUACCAGCUUCAAAAAUCUUUCUCUGAUAAAUACCAUAGAGGCUAAUCACGUUAUGAUAACAAAACAUCAAACAGCGAAUGUAGGAAACGACUCCAAUAACAUAAAUACUGAAUCAACGCCAUCAUUUACAGAUUUGUUUCAAUUACCCAGACAUCCGGAUCCAAAGGUUAUACAAAAUUGUGAACAACCAACACAAGCACAUUACCUAAAUCUUAAGCCUACAGAGUCUGCAGAAGUUAGUUAUCUGCAAAAUACAAUCACUACGACAGCAGCAACCCAUAGAAACUGUGAGCCACCAAUUAUGGGGUUCAGUAACAAUAUCAUUACAACAACUGCUAACAUAGGUCACAAACCAGACACACAAACUCUACCAACAAGUAAUAACUCAACUGCAAAUGCUACUGGAAAUACAAAUUCAGUAUAUCAAAUUUGUAGCAAACUGGUGCAGUUCGAUAACCUACAAAUCAAUAGUGUAGAAUGUUUACCAACCACAAAUCAAACAGAGAAUCAAAUUAGUACAACAACAACAAUUACAUCCACUGCCAAUAAAAUUAUUGAUAACAAUAAUGCAAAUUUAAGUACAAGUAGAUCGAAUAUGCAAACUUUUGAAGAGCUGUCAGUGAAUCCUAGGCCGACAGUAAAUACCAGCAGCAGUAGCAGUAGUAGCAAAGCAUCUCAAGAAGAGUUUGUUUUAAAUCAUCACCAUAUUUCGCCAGUUGGAAGUUCAGAUAGUGACUCAGUUUCCUCUUCGGAGGAAUUCAUUGAUAUGGAAAUCGGUGAGAGAGCAGCCGGUUAUCAGGAUAAUACUUCGUCGCAUUCGCAUCAAAGUGCCAAUGGUGGUGGCGGUAAUGCAGGUGGUGGUGGUGGCGCCAACACUUCUAAUCAAGCAGUUGGUCUUUUGAAUGGAAGUGUUGGCGGUAAUGCCAAUUCUGCAGGCGGCUAUAUGACUCUACUACCACCUGCAGUGGGAAACGCAAGUGGCCAUCAUCUUGGUGGUACUGCUGGCACAAGUGCCUCAUCUGGUGUUAACAGCGAUGGCAGUAUUGAUUUUAAGCAUCUUUUCGAGGAAUUAUGUCCUGUAUGUGGUGAUAAAGUUAGUGGCUAUCAUUAUGGUCUACUAACAUGUGAAUCGUGCAAAGGUUUCUUUAAACGUACGGUUCAGAAUAAAAAAGUAUAUACAUGCGUCGCUGAACGAUCCUGUCACAUCGAUAAGACACAGCGAAAACGCUGUCCUUACUGCAGAUUCCAAAAAUGUCUCGAAGUUGGCAUGAAAUUAGAAGCUGUAAGAGCGGAUCGAAUGAGAGGUGGAAGAAAUAAAUUUGGGCCAAUGUACAAAAGAGAUAGAGCGCGAAAGUUACAAGUGAUGCGCCAAAGACAACUUGCUUUACAGGCUCUGCGCACAUCCAUCAGUUCGGCCGACAUGAAGCAAUCACCUUUGUCACCAGGAUAUCAACAAGCAUAUCCAAAUAUGAAUAUUAAACAGGAAAUUCAAAUACCUCAAAUAUCCUCUCUAACUCAAUCACCAGAUUCUUCACCCAGCCCCAUUGCAAUCGCGCUUGGUCAAGUAAAUGCAAGUGCGGGUGUGAUAUCAGCUCCUAUAAAUAAUAGUGGCGCUGGUGGUGGUGGAGGCGGUGGUAGUAAUAAUACCAACAAUAACAGUAAUAACACUAGCGAUGGUCUCAACCGUGGCGGUAAUGGUAGCUGCCAUGAUACUGGAACAGGAUCUCUACAAAAUACAGGCGAUUCGAAAUUGUGCUUCGAUUCCGGAACGCAUCCCUCAAGUACAGCUGAUUCCAUUAUAGAACCAUUGAGGGUAUCUCCGAUGAUUAGGGAAUUUGUGCAGUCAAUAGAUGACAGAGAAUGGCAAACGCAACUUUUUGCAUUGUUGCAAAAGCAAACUUACAAUCAAGUUGAGGUGGAUCUCUUUGAAUUAAUGUGUAAAGUUUUGGAUCAAAAUCUAUUUUCACAAGUGGAUUGGGCUAGAAAUACAAUUUUCUUUAAGGAUUUGAAGGUGGAUGAUCAAAUGAAGCUGUUACAGCAUUCCUGGUCUGAUAUGCUAGUACUCGAUCAUCUGCAUCAAAGAAUACAUAAUGCGUUACCAGAUGAAACACUACUUAACAACGGUCAAGUAUUUAAUCUUCUUGGUCUGGGACUGCUUGGAGUGCCUCAGCUGGCUGAUUAUUUUAACGAACUACAAAAUAAAUUACAAGACCUGAAAUUUGAUAUGGGCGAUUAUGUAUGCAUGAAAUUCUUAAUACUGUUGAAUCCAGAUGUAAGAGGAAUUAUUAAUAAAAAGACGGUUUUGGAAGGACAUGAAAAUGUACAGGCAGCAUUAUUGGAUUACACUUUGACAUGCUAUCCAUCAGUAACGGAUAAAUUUAGGAGGCUGCUAAAUAUUCUUCCUGACAUACACGCAAUGGCAGCAAGAGGCGAAGAACAUUUAUACUCAAAACAUUGUGCCGGAAGUGCACCUACACAAACUUUACUAAUGGAAAUGUUGCAUGCAAAGCGAAAGGUGUAAAAUGUGCAGUUAUCAAAUAAGCAAAAAAAGUUAGAAUAUAAAAUUACUUUAGUUUCAUAUAUUAUUUUGUUUAAAUUAACAAAUAUCA